ACUGUGAAGUCCCAGAGCACCCACAUAUGCAGGUACCUGCCACCUGAAGUGACAAUAACCACCCCCCAGGCACUGACCCACACACAGCAAGGUGGGGUCUGACCAGCACCAAGGACUCCCCAUCACUCAGACGAGGCCCACCUGGAAACAGUAAUAAAGAGGGUGUCAGGUACCAGCCUCAGAGUGUUUGCAUUUAGCAGGUAAUGAAGGAACCUGAGGAGGAAAUUAAAGGAGGAUGGGUGUAGAGGAAGGGUUUCUGUGCUUGGCUGGGGCUGUCCCUUGGUGCUGCUAUCUUGUAUCUGUGCCAUCAGAGUAAAUAAGCCUCCUCUUGUCAAUGCUGACCUCAAGCUGUGUAGUAAAUUCUGGUACCAGCCAAACCUGCGUUCGGUCGCUUGCAGCGGUGUGUUCGUCUCAGUACGAUGCUGCUGUAUUGCUUUCACCACAAGCACCAAAGGCUGUGAGAUGCUUUCCUUUGGGACUCAAUUCCAGCUGCAUGACCUAGGAUUACAGUUGCUAUGGUGAUAAGACAGUUAGUGAGGGAAGGAGUGAAAGCUUUGCUCUGCCCCCAAGACUCAGUAUGGAAGCCAUCGCCAAGUUUGAUUUCACUGCUUCUGGAGAAGACGAGUUGAGCUUCCAGGCUGGGGAUAUGUUGAAGAUUUUGAGCUCCCAGGAAGAGUGGUACAAGGCUGAGCUCAGGAGUCACGAGGGCUACGUUCCUAAGAACUUCAUUGAUUUCCAUGUUCCCCCCUGGUUUGAUGAGAAGAUAUCCCGCCACGAAGCAGAAAACCUUCUCAUGAGCAAAGGAGUUGGCUGCUUUGUUGUCCGAGCCAGUCAGAACUCUCAUGGUGACUUUUCCAUCUCUGUCAGGCAUGAAGAUGAUGUGCAACACUUCAAAGUGAUGAGGGAUUCAAAGGGUAGCUAUUACUUGUGGACAGAGAAAUUCCACUCGCUAAACAAGCUGGUGGACUACUACAAGACAACUUCCAUCUCCAGGCAGAAGCAGAUCUUCCUAAAGGACAACAGCCAAGAAGAGAAGGAGAGGCGUGGUGGGAGCCUGGAACGGAUAGGUCGGGAAGGAUUCCACCUGGGAGGAGCAGCUGGAGAAGAUCGUUCUGCUAUUUCCAAGAGAUACGUAGAGCAUCCUAUUCCCAUACUGCAGCAGCAACAGGAAAGAUAUGGUGGGAGUCUGGACAGGAAAGACAUGCUGCAAGGACUAAGGGAUCAUGGCCAAGGAAAUGCAGGAGCUAUGCAACGGAGACACACAGACCCACUGCACCAGCAGACACCGCGAACGCUGUGGGUCCGUGCCUUGUACGACUUUGAUGCUAUGGAGCACGAUGAGCUGGGCUUCCGCAGUGGAGAUAUCUUAGAGGUCCUGGACAACUCCAACCCAUCCUGGUGGAAAGGACGUCUGCGUGGGGAACUGGGUCUCUUCCCUGCCAACUACGUCACACCAGUUCUGCUGUGAGGGCACAGUAUGGCCCAGAGGGCCAUGCUGGAGCUGCUCUUCUGACAUGACGGGGACAAAGGAGUGCAUCUUCCCUUGCCACCAGGACAUACACUGUUUUUUGUUUUGUCUUAAUUUAUUGGCAAUUGAUCUUUUGAAGUGUUGGUAUGAAAGAGAACCCUUUGAAGAAGAAAUUUUUUCCCCUAUUUUUCAUACUUAUGAAGGGGAAGGGAGCAAAAUCUUGGACUGUUCAUGGAGACUUUGCUGGGUCCUCCCUGCCUUGUCACCUUUUGGCUAACUAUUGACAAGUUGCUGCAAUUAGGUUUGUUCUGCAGAAAUGCCCCUGAGAAAGGCUUCAGGUUAACUUCAGGUUCAGUAUUCAAGUAGCCCUAUCCCUUCAUUUUGGAUCUGGUAGCACUCAUAGUUUCUUCAGGCUCCAUUCCAGCUUUCUUUCAGAGGCAGGAGGAACACCCAUGCAAAUUAAAUGAUCCUUGGCAACCACAUUAAUCCUUCAGUUAGGGAAGGAAAGUGAGGGCUUUAAGUUGAGGCAAUCUAGACUUUUCUUAGUAGUUUCUGGCUUACCCAUCUCAUACUGUGUGUAUGAACUGUAUGGAUAUACCAGAUGAAGGGAAAGAAUCCUGUAAACUUCUGUACAAACAUACAAGUGAUGAAGGUAUGGGACAGCAAGGAGCAACUUUCUUUGCUUCUUCUGAUAGUCCUGCUCUUCUUUCUGCACCCCGUAACAACUUACCCCAUGUUCAAGCUGUUCUUUUAGGUACCUACGCUUCAGCUAGAUAGCCUGAUCAGAGCAGAUCAGGCCCUUCAGCUGAAUUAGUAUCCACUGGAUUGGAUUGCAGUUAACAUCCCUCACUGGUUCCUUUGGUAGAACUGAACUGGGGAGGGAUUGGAGAGAAGAGGUUCCUCUGGUUUAGUAGCAGAAGUUCUUUCCCUGAGAACUUGCUGUGUUGAGGAUCACCGUGUACACAACUCUGGCUUACUAGAGAAAUGUCUCAUCCAACAGGUUAAGCUGUUACUUUACAGUGUGCAGAGAAUAAAGCUGUAGCCAUCAAUUAGUCUGUUCUCUGUUCCAGUUUCUUUUGGAUAAAAUAAGGUAAAUGAAUAGGUUUUCAAACACUUGCUGAGUGAAUGCCCAGAUGUGAUAGAAAUUUAUUGCAAAUGCACAUUUAAAGUGAUCCAAACCCUGUGAAGGGGACUCUACUGCGUAACUAGUGCUCAGGCACGUUGAUAUUAAACAAGCUGCCUGAAUUUUUCGCAACAUGUGGGACCUUACCAGUCAGCAAGGAGAAGUGAUGAUUAAUCAUUAUUGAAAAAGAAAGAAAAGGCAAGUGAAAACCUCUAAAAACAAAUCAGAUUCAGCCAAAAAAAAACCCAACUUAUCUUUUGUUAGUCCCAGUGGGAGAAAAAGAACCCAGGAAAUAGGUUCUUGGUGAAGUCCAAUUCAGUGUAGCUGGACUGAAUAAAGCUUCCAGCUAGACAGAGUAUUAGCACAAAGAACCCAUUUUGAGAGAACUCCACCAAAAGCAGAUUAUUAAUGGGUGAAGUAAAAUGCAAGUAUUUAACAAGGCAUAUAAACUCUAAAGAGAAUAGGAAACUUAGAAGGACACAUUAAAAACUAUUGGCUACCACAGUGGUCCAGGGAAUAUGACUGCCUGGGCUGGACUUGGCCCUGUCCUCUUGCAGGAGCUCGCUUCUGGGCCUUUAGUGUCUUCUUUUGAAGGGAAGUCCAUGAGGCUUCUUUUGGAACACGAUACCUUAUCAUUUGUAUGAGGGUGUAACCUCCGUGGCUCCACAGUUUGAAGAGUGUUUUGGUGUGAUUUGCCCUUUCUUAACCUUUUUGUGUGUGGGUUGGUUUUUUUAUUAAGGUAGUUACAGCUUUGGAAGAGAGAGGGUUAAUAUUCAGUGAAAGAGGGAGAGAGGAUUAAUGCCAGGAGGAGACGGAAGCAAAGAAACCAGAGACUAACAAAGGCAAAGGAGGAAUAAAAAUGAUGAAUCUUU